AUGGCCUUUGUCUACUACCAAGAUUCGUCAGUGCUUGACAAACCAGGUGUGCGAUUCAGUCGAGCCGCAGUUUUAAUUUUACCAAACUGGCUUCUCACCGCUUCUCUUGAACGUAACGAUGCCCCACUGGCCUUCCCACAGAAGACACUGUUAGCCAGACUUGGUGCUGUCAAUAUAGACUCUAAUUUCAACUUUAACGAAGACGAGGAGGAACAAGAACGUGAGGUGAUACAAGUCGUUCAACCCUACAACUUCAGUGCGCAACAGUGGUGGUUUUCUGACAUCACUCUACUAAAAACUCUUCAGCCGUUCAACACAACUUCUAUAGUAGCGCCUACAACACCUCGUUAUAAGCAAGAAGUUAACGUAAAAGCUUGUAAGAUGCUCAUUUAUGCGAGGAGAUAUGGCAAUGCAACAGAAGAUAAAGUCCUGAUGCAGAUAUCGACUGAGUUACUCUUACCGACGACAGAUUGCGGCUUUCAUUUUCAGUCAAGCACAAUGAUUUGUGGUGCUGAUAGUGACGACAACAAGAAUUUUAUUUAUGAUUCUGAAUAUUGCCAAGGUAACAGUGGUGGACCCCUACUCUGUGAAGGAGAGGUAACAGGAUUACAGACUUAUAUUAACGACAAUUGUGAGCAACCACAUCUCUUUCAAUUUUUGUCAGCUUGGGAAAAGUUUAUUACUUGUGGCGUGGAAGAAAAAUGUCACGAAGGACAAUGUAAUACCACAUGCGUAACAAUUAAUAAAGACACGCCCAUAAAUGAGAUAGUUAUACCAACCAACAAUGAAACGAAAGUUAUUUUAGUUUCGCAAUCUGUUCAAGAAGAUUCAUUUACAGCUACAGAAACUUCUUUAGUUAUGAGUACGCAAACAACUGAAAAAAACUCAGAUGAAUCUGGUAAGACCCCACCUACUUUGACAACUGUAAUAGAAGAACAAACAACAACGGAAAAUAUUACAACAGUAACAGAUAAUUUUAUCGCCAGCAAAAUAGAUGAAGAUCAAACAACUACAUUGACUUCGAUUAAAAUUAAAGAAAAUCCAAAAGAUUUUGAACAAACUGAAGAUGCAGAUAAUAUAGAGAGAAAAACAACCGUUGAAGCUCAACAACAAAUGAUUAUUACAAAAAAAAAUUUUGCUAACGAAAUGCACUCGUCGCAAAUAUUGAUUCUUUGUUUACUAAUUAUACUCAACACAAUAAGUCGGUGGAUUGUCUAA